AUGGAUUCCAAAAAAGCAAUGCUCAUUCUUGGCCUAAUGGCCAUGGUUCUUCUUAUUUCUUCGGAGGUGUCAGCUAGGGACUUAACUGAGACUUCCACUAAUACCAAAGAGGAAGUUGUUGAAAAGUCAACUGAACUGAAUGAUGCCAAAUUAGGUUAUGGUCAUGGACACGGUGGUUACUACGGCGGCGGUGGUCAUCAUGGUGGUUACUAUGGCGGUGGUGGACAUCAUGGUGGUUACCAUGAUAGUGUUGGUCUUCAUGGUGGUUACUAUGGUGGUGGUGGUCAUCAUGGUGGACAUGGUGGUUACUAUGGUGGUGGUGGUCAUGGUGGACACGGUGCUGCUUCCGACAAUGGUAACUAA